AUGGUGAGCGCUGCACUUGUUCGUACCGUUAUCGGCAUUAUAGGGAAUGUGAUCUCUUUCGGCUUGUUUUUCUCACCAGCACCAACAUUCUAUCGGAUAAUAAAGAAAAAGUCCGUGGAAGAGUUCAAACCCGAUCCAUAUAUAGCAACGGUUUUAAACUGUGCGUUUUGGGUGUUUUAUGGGCUUCCUUUCGUGCACCCUCACAGUUUUCUUGUGGUUACCAUCAAUGGCGUUGGCCUUGUCUUCGAGUUCGUCUAUCUCACCAUUUUUUACAUUUAUGCCACUAACAAAGGACGGAGGAAGGUACUACUCCUUCUGGGAUUAGAGGCUUUGUUCUUUGCCGCUGUUGCUCUUAUAACGUUGCUGGUACUACAUGGCACUCACAAAAGAUCGUUAGUGGUUGGUGUACUGUGUGAUAUAUUUAAUAUCAUGAUGUAUGUCUCUCCUCUUACGAUCAUGUCACCAAAAAAAACUCUAUAA